CAUUAACAUGAAGUAGUUACUACUCACUAUUAACAUUGCUUCAUUCCCUUCUCUCCCAUAUAUCUGAAUACAAAGCGAAAAAUCUUUGCUACUCUCAAACAAAACGCGAUCAUUUCAUUUCUCCCCUCUCCACCCACCAUAGCAGUCGAACAAUCUUCACCGAUUCCGUUAUGGCCAAUUCCGGAAAUCCUCAAGAUGCAGUUGUGCCACCAGUUGAAGGUGUUGCUGGAGGUGGUACAGCGUAUGGGUGGAAUGAUGGUGGCACACAUGGCUUGAGUGUCAAGGGACCAAUUGACCCCACAGAAGUUCCAACUAAGGAUUUAGUGCAUGUGUGGUGCAUGCCAAGCACAGCAAAUGUUGGACCUCAAGAUAUGCCCAGACAUUUGGAACCUAUAAACCUGCUGGCAGCUAGAAAUGAGAGGGAGAGUGUGCAAAUAGCUAUCCGACCAAAGGUCUCGUGGGGUGGUUCUGGUGUUGCAGGGACUGUGCAGGUUCAGUGCAGUGACCUGUGCUCCACAUCUGGAGACAGACUGAUUGUUGGGAAGUCACUGCUGUUGCGGCGGGUGGUGCCCAUUUUAGGUGUACCUGAUGCUCUUGUUCCCAUUGAUCUUCCAGUCAGUCAAAUAAACCUGUUUCCUGGGGAGACUACAGCUCUUUGGAUUUCCAUUGAUGUUCCAAGUUCUCAACCUCCAGGACAAUAUGAAGGAGAGAUUCUCAUUACUGCUAUAAAAUCAGAUGCAGAAUCUCCUGUUCAGAGUUUGAGCAAGGUUGAGAAACAUCAAUUGUAUAGGGAGCUAAAGGGAUGUGUUGACAUUGUUGAACCCAUUCAUGGAAAACCAUUAGAUGAAGUGGUUGAAAGGGUGAAAUCUGCAGCUACAUCUUUAAGAAGGAUUCUUCUGUCUCCAUCAUUUUCUGAAUUCCUUUCAGAUAAUGGACCAGUAGACAUAAUGGAUGAGGAUGCUUUUUCAAGUCUCUCUCUACGCUUAAAGUUAAAUUUGACUGUUUGGGAAUUUGUACUUCCUGAAACUCCUUCACUCCCUGCUGUAUUUGGUAUAUCUGAUACUGUAAUUGAGGAUCGCUUUGGUGUUCAACAAGGGACAGCUGAGUGGUACGAGGCAUUGGAUCAACAUUUCAAAUGGCUUCUUCAAUAUAGAAUCAGCCCAUAUUUUUGUAAAUGGGCUGAUGGUAUGCGUGUUUUGACAUACACAUCUCCAUGGCCAGCGGAUCAUCCAAAAUCAGAUGAAUAUUUUUCAGAUCCACGGUUGGCAGCAUAUGCUGUACCAUAUAAACAAGUAGUCUCCGGUAAUGAUGCGGCGAAGGAUUACUUGCAGAAACAAGUUGAGAUAUUGAGAACCAAGGCUCACUGGAGAAAAGCAUACUUUUAUUUGUGGGAUGAGCCACUGAACUUGGAACAAUAUGAUUCUGUUCGCAAUAUGGCCAGUGAGAUUCAUGCUUAUGCUCCAGAUGCCCGUAUUUUAACUACAUACUAUUGUGGACCAAAUGAUGCACCUCUUGCACCUACUCCAUUUGAGGCUUUUGUAAAAGUUCCAAGUUUUCUGCGUCCUCAUAAUCAAAUUUAUUGUACAAGUGAAUGGGUUCUGGGCAAUCGAGAGGACCUGGUUAAGGAUAUUAUUGCUGAAUUACAACCAGAGAGUGGUGAGGAAUGGUGGACAUACGUCUGUAUGGGACCAUCAGAUCCUCAUCCAAAUUGGCAUCUUGGAAUGCGAGGUACUCAACACCGUGCUGUCAUGUGGCGUGUGUGGAAAGAGGGUGGCACAGGGUUUUUGUACUGGGGAGCCAACUGUUAUGAGAAGGCAACCGUAGCCAGUGCAGAGAUAAAAUUCAGGCACGGCCUUCCCCCUGGAGAUGGAGUUCUAUACUAUCCUGGUGAGGUGUUCUCAACUUCUCAUCAGCCGGUAGCUUCUCUUAGACUUGAGCGCAUACUUAAUGGCUUGCAGGAUAUAGAGUACCUAAGACUGUAUGCUUCAAGAUACGGUAGGGACGAAAGUAUUGCGCUUUUGGAGAGGACGGGGGUGUACUUUGGUCCUGAGCGUUACACAUUUGAGCACAUGCCGAUUGAUGCAAUGAGGGGGCAAAUAUUUAAUGCCUGCCGUUCAUGAAUUGUUAUGUUAUUGAUGCUUCUUGGUUCGAGUGGUUUAUUUGCAGACAGCUGAAAAUUCAGGCUUCAGCAUCUAACUUACAAAAGAUGCGCCACUCGACCAGAUCCUUGGAAUAUCACAUGCAUUAUGCACAAUCUGAACUGUGUAGAUAUGGAAUGUGACAGUAAUAUAUAUAUAUAUAUAUUAGUUAGAGGAGAAAUCUGUUGUCCAUUGCCGAAUUGUUCCCUUUAACCGUACACAGGAUCAUAGUCAAUUACAGUUAAUGUUGCAAUGUGAAAUCGUAUAUUUUUUGGACACUUGCUACUUGCUUGAUACGCGAGGAAAGUUAAAAAGA